CUAUGAUUCAUAUUUAUCUCCUGCAGUCUUACUCAUUUUCUUAUACUUUUAGGAUUUUAAAUACCCAUUCGUGCUAACUUCCAAUUCCUAAUACUUGCAUACUUCAUUUCGGAAAGCUAUGCCUUUGAAUCUCAAUUCAGUAUAUCCGGCAACAACACCGGAAUUCCAAACAUUUCCGAGCAGGAGAAGUGUUGUACACAGCACCCAAGGCAUUGUUGCUUGUACACAACCUUUGGCCGCAAGAUGUGGACUUAAAGUUCUUGAUGCUGGUGGAAAUGCUGCUGAUGCCGCAGUAGCAGUUGCUGCUGGACUUAAUUUGACAGAACCUACCUCCACCGGAAUUGGCGGUGAUAUGUUCUGUCUCUUCUACGAUGCUAAGACCAAGAAGAUCUCAGCCAUGAAUGGUUCAGGCCGUUCUGGUAUGAAAUGCACUCCGGAAGCAACGCGGAAAGACCUCGGCAUGCAAGAUGGUGACACUGACCAUAUGCCACUCGACAGUGUCCAUGCUGUAACAAUUCCUGGCGCAGCAGCUGGUUGGGUCGAUACUAUCGAACGCUUUGGGAGUGGGAAGUUAUCGUUAGAGCAAAUCUUGAAUCCUGCUAUUGAGCUGGCUGAAAGGGGAUUCCCGGUCUCCGAACUUGCUUCUAGAGGGUGGAGGAGGGGAGAGCAACAACUCAAAGACGCAUCCCCAAACUAUGCAGAGAUGCUGAAGAAGGAUGCAAACGGGUACCAUGGACCACGAGCAGGAGAAAUCUUCAAAAAUCAAAACCUUGCGACAACUUUUCGGUCUCUCGCAAAGGACGGCAAGAAAGGCUUCUACACUGGUAGAAUCGCUGAAGCUAUUAUCAAGGUGACUAAAGACAGAGGUGGGUUUCUAGAGCUUGAAGACUUAAAGCACCACAUGGAAGUUGGGAGUGAACCCUUCGAGGCCAUCUCUUAUGUCUUCAAAGGACAGAAUUACGCUAGCACCAAGGGAGACUUUGUCGAUGGUUCAUCAGGUCAAGGAGAAAAUGAGGAUGAUCAUGGUGUUGAGAUAUGGGAACACCCUCCAAACGGCCAAGGCAUCGUCGCUCUGAUGGCACUUGGUAUAAUAGAAGCCCUUGAAGAAAGUCAAACGAUCCCAGUAUUCAAGGAGGAAGACCACAACUCAGUAGAGUAUCUCCAUGCAGUCAUCGAGGCCUUGCGUAUUGCGUUCGCAGAUGCAAGCUGGUGGGUCGCCGACCCAAGUCAUUCCAAAGUGCCGUCGGCAGAGCUUAUCUCGAAAGCAUACCUCGCCGAGAGAGCGAAACUCUUCGAUCCAACCAAGGCAUCAGACAAAAUUUACGAUCGAGGAAGCCCAGCUCACAACCAUAGUGACACGGUGUACUUCGCCGUGACAGAUAAAGAUGGAAACGGAAUCUCAUUCAUCAAUUCGAACUUUCAUGGGUUUGGGUCAGCCAUUAUUCCCAAGGGCUGUGGCUUCACACUUCAAAAUCGUGGUGGCAACUUCAGCCUGGAACCUGGACAUCCAAAUGCCAUCGCUCCAGGCAAGAGACCUUACCACACGAUCAUUCCUGCAAUGAUUACCAACAAACACGACGGAAGUUUGCACUCCGUUUACGGUGUCAUGGGAGGUUUCAUGCAACCACAGGGUCACGUACAGGUUUUGCUAAACAUGCUGGCGUUCAAGCAUAACCCUCAGGCUGCGUUAGACGCGCCAAGAUUUUGCAUUGGCGCCGAAAAUAUGCCUGGAGAUGGAAAUAAAAGAAAUGUUUAUUUGGAAGAAGGGAUCAGUGAGGAAGUGUGCGCGAAGCUUAAGGCUAUGGGCCACGAGACUCAGAUUAUCAAAGGCUACGGGAGGAGUGUGUUUGGAAGGGGUCAAUUGAUUAGAAGUCAUAUGGAGGACGGAGUGGUUGUAUAUUCUGGUGGUAGUGAUCCUCGAGGAGACGGAGCUGCUUAUCCUGGUUAAAAGACUUACUUCACAUAUAGACACAGGUCACAACCAGAAUCAAAUUCGCAGUAUUCAUGAAAUUAGC